UAAAACAAAAAGCGAAAGCAAAACCACUCUCUUUCACACACACACACGCAUACGCACUAUCUCCCUCCCUCCCACAUACACACACACACACACACAUACGAGAACGUACAGUCAAGACUCGACUUGAGGAAGAAAUAAGCAACAAACCAAGGACCAAUUACAUGUUUAUGGAACAGCAACAAAAGCAACAACAGCAGCAGCAGCAACAAAAAAAACUCUCCAAAUAAAAAAUAAAAAACUAUUUUCAUCUGUUUUUGGGGCAACUCUGUGAAAGAAAAGAAACAAAGAAAAACAAAACAAAAAAAAAAAUAAGGAAAGAAACACUCUCAUUAACUCUUAGUCUCUGUCUCUCUCUCUCUUUCGAAAGUAAUUCUAUUUCGGUCUCAAAAACAGUGUUGUAAAACAGCCCCAUUAACAAUAUUUCGGUGUGCAAAAAUUUCGAAAUAAAAAUUAGAGUUUUAACAACAACAACAACAACUGCAGCAGCGACAACAACUACACAAACGAAAAGCAAAAGCAAAAGCAAGCAACAACCAGAGAAAGAAAAGUAAAAGGAAACAACAACAACAACUGCAACAACAAACACAAAAAGGAAAAGAAAAGGAAUAACAAAAAGACAACCAAAAACAAAAGCGACGUAGACGACGGCCCCCAGGACAAAAAUCAAUUGCAAAAAUUGAAACUUAUGGAUUGCUGGACGGGUAACGCCCGACUGGCGAGUGUUUUAGUUUAAGCAGCGUAAGCUGUCACCGACAUGGGCAGUGAGCACUACUGCUUGAGGUGGAACAAUUACCAAUCCAACCUGUUAGGGGUGUUUAGUCAAUUACUACACGACGAGAACCUGGUGGACGUCACACUAGUUUGUUCAGAGGGCACAUCCAUCAAAGCCCAUAAGGUGGUCCUCUCGGCUUGUUCCUCGUACUUCCAGAGCCUGUUCCUGGAGCACCCCGAAACACAUCCAAUUGUGAUAUUGAAGGACGUCCGUUUUGCCGAGCUGCAAACCUUAGUUGAAUUCAUGUACACGGGCGAGGUGAACGUGCAAUACUGUCAGUUGUCCGCACUGCUCAAGACAGCCGAAUCACUCAAGGUCAAGGGUCUUGCCGAGAUGACAAACCAGAAUUCAACUCUGCGGGAACCGGAACGGGAGCCCGACCGACUGCGUCCCCACUCGCAGGCUAGCGGCGGCGGCAGUGGCGGUGGCGCCCACAAAGCGGCCGACAGUCCGGCGGCAGCCCUCGAUGCGGCUUCGGCGGCGACCUCAGCAGCAGCGGCCACCAGCAGCAGUAGCAGCACCAGCGGCAGUGGCAGUGGCAGCUCCUCCACCUCAACCUCAGCAACAGCGGCGGCAGCAGCAGCAGCAGCAGCGGCAGCGGCAUCUGCCACAGCGGCAACAGCAGCGGCCACAGCGGAGAGUACAGCGACAGGCGGGGGCGGUGGCAGUGGCAGUAGUAGUACAACAGCAACAUCUGCCACAGCAGCAGCAGCAUCAUCAACGGCAGCGUCAGCGGUAUCUGCCACAACAUCUGCCACAACGCCUGCCGAAGAAGCCACAUCCUCGUCCACAGCCAGCCACAAGCGGGAGGCGAGCGAUCGGUGCAGUCCAACGCCAGCGAAGCGCUCCACAGUCUCUGGAUCCGUGAGGACCAAUCUCGACGAGGACGAUGAGGAGGACGAGGAGGAGGAGCUGGAGGACCAGAUGGUGAGGGGCCUGCAUGUGGGCGAGGAUGUUGACGACGAUGUCGAUGACAUUGAGGAUGUUGGGGAUGAUGACGAGGACGAUGAGGAGGACACACCCAUGCCGCUAGAUCUCUAUCAAAGACGUGACGCCUCCGCCUCCGGCCCCGGCUCUGCCUCUGCCUCAGCCUCUGGAGCCGUAGAGCAAAAGAAUGUGGCAAGUGCGGCGACACCAGACCAGCAGAGUGGCACCAGCAACAACAACAACCUCAGCAACAACAACAACAACAACAACUUUAGCAGCAGCAACAACAACAACAACAGCGGGAGUGGAAGCGGAAGUGGAAGUGGAAGCGGUAUCAAAGCUACCUCAAUGGCUGCCUCGGCUGCCAGCAAUGGCGAAGGCAUCGAUCUGGCUGUGGUUGCCGUCGACGAUGACGACGACGAUGAGGACGAUGAUGUCCUGCACCAUGACGAGGACACCGACAAUACCCGGCAUAAAGCUGCCCAUCACCGUCACCACGAAGACGAUGAUCUCGAUGACGACGAUGUCGUGGUGGUGGGAGGCAGCGCCUCAGCAACAUCCGCAGCAGCAGCAGCAGCAGCAGCAGCUGCAGCCACAACCACAGCAUCGGCCGCGGCAGCAGCGGCGGCCCGAGAUUUUGCCCAAAGGAUUGCCCACCAGAGCAUACGGCUGAGCCACCACCAUCACCACCAGCAGCAGCAACAUACGCAGCACCACUCGCACCACCACCACCACCAACAACAGCAACAGCAACAACAGCAGCAGCAGCAUUCGCACCACCACCAGCGGCACCACCACCACAACGAGGAUGAUGACGACGAGGACGAGACGGCCCUGCCAACCAUACCCAAGACCGAAAUCAUCGACGACGACUACGACGAUGAGAUGGACCUCGACGAUGACGAUGAGGCGGACAACAGCAGCAAUGACAUGGGCCUCAACAUGAAGAUAGGCGCCGGCGGCGGCGGCGGCGGUGGUGUAGAUCUCUCCACGGGCUCCACUGUGAUUCCCUCGCCACUAAUAUCCUUGCCCUCAUCCUCGGCCGCAGCAGCGGCGGCGGCAGCAGCAGCAGCAGCAGCCGCUGUGGCAGCAGUGGAAUCGCAACGCUCAACGCCCGCCGGUGGCGGUGGAGGAGGCAGCGCGACCUGUGCCUCGGAUCUGAGUCUGGGGGCUGGCGGGCGUCCGGCAUCGCGGAGUUCACGCGAUGGGGGCGGACCCGACGGCAGAGCCACCUCCAGCCUCCUGAGUCCCGGGACUGUGGCCAAUCUCUUGCCAGUGCAAUCGGUGCCAUUGAGCCUGAAAAAAGAAAUCGAUUGCAGCGAGGACGAUAACAGUAGUCACAGUAGACACAUGCAACCGCGUUCGGCAUCAGCUGGCGGCGGCCUGGGCGGCGACCUCGACUACCGCGCCUCCCACGAAUCGGAAACGUCCGAAUCGCCCCAACAACACCACGCUGUUGGCGUUGGCGCGGGCCUGGCCAGCGGCAGUGGCGGCAGCGGCAUCGGCAGCAGUAGCAGCUCUGUCGCAGCCGCCGCCGCUGCAGCCGCCGCCGCAGCAGCAGCAGCUGCCGCACACGAGCACCACCAUCCGUCGCACACCCCACCCCCGGUGCCCAUGCCCAUGUUCCAGUGUAUCUACUGCGGCGCCGCUUUCCCCAACCAGUCAAAACUCACGCGCCACCUGCUGUCGCACUCGCUGAAGACGCUCGAGUACCGGGAACCGCCGACGAACGCCCUGCUGCACUCGCACCUUCUGGGCGACAUCAACAUGUCCGGGCUGCCGCCCUCGUUCGCCUUCCAGAUGAACGCGGCGAUGGCCGCCAGCGCCGGCGGCAGCAGCGACACCCAGGAGCAGGUGGCCGCCUUUACGGCCGCCUUCGGCAUCGACAUGGAGGCCCUAUCGCUGGCCAGCGGCACCUUCCAGAGCCUGACGGCCAGCUGCCUGGAGGCGGGUGCGCCGGGGGUCAGCGGGUCGAGCGGUCGGCUAUCACUAGCCCAGGCAUCGACAUCUGGAAACGGAGGGCAGGCCGGCCUCCUGCUGGGCAACAGCGGUGGAUCUGGCGGUGGUGCGGGUGCGGGUGGUGCCGGCAGCGGCGGCGGCGGCGGUGGCUCUUCGUCGCCCUCCACGUCGGCCGCAGCGUCGGCAGCGGCGCAGUCAGCCGGCUCGUCCGCCGCCUCGCUGCUAGGCGCGUCAAGUGAUCCGAAUAGUGUUGUCAUGUGUAAGUUCUGUGCUAAAAGUUUUCCCGAUGUUACAUCACUGAUCACGCAUUUGUCGGUACAUACAGGUGAUCGACCAUUUAAAUGUGAGUUUUGUGGCAAAGCGUUUAAGCUGCGCCACCACAUGAAAGAUCAUUGUCGCGUCCACACCGGCGAACGACCCUUCAGAUGUAAUAUGUGCGGGAAAACCUUCUCGCGGUCAACGAUACUCAAGGCGCACGAGAAAACGCAUUUUCCCAAAUAUGUGCGAAAGUUUUUGUCACCCAGCCCGGUCGAUACAAAGGAUGAGUUGCCGCAAUAGUGAAACGAUUUUAGUUUGUUAUUAAAUUAUUAUUAUUACUACUAUUACUAUUAUAAUAAUAACAAUAACAACAACAACAACAACAACAGCAACACCAACAAUUUCAACUACAACAACAAUUGAUGUGAAGAACACGAAGAAAUGAGUUGUAACUUUCUAUAAGAAAGAUGGAGGCAACAACAAGGACUUUGACUUACUUAAGCGAAGAUCAAGCGAGAGGCUUGAUGAUGAUGAUGAUGAUGAUGAUGGAAGAAAUUCAACAACACACUAAUACACACACACACACGCAAACACCAAUAUAUGUAUAUACCGUUAAAUCUAUGUAUAUACAUAUGUAUAUAUUUUAUUAAUUAUGUAAACGAGGCAAAGAACAGAAACAGAAGAAGUGAAAUCAGGAGGAACAGAACAGAACGUUCGUUCUUCUGAGCAAAGAGAAACUCUAGCAAAUAGGAAAGAGACAGCAACACACACCCACACACACACACACAAUAGAGCAGGCAGGCUAUAAUCAUACACAAAACAUACAUCUAUAUAAACAUAUAUAUAUAUAUAUAUAUAUAUAUAUAAUAUAUAGUAUAUAUAUUAUACACAAUAAUUAUAUAGCAGCAUAUUGUCGAAUUGUUGAAGUUUAUACCAAGAAGCGAACUUGUUUUUUUUUUCGAAUCCAAUGAGAACAUACAAUGAGUAUGUGAGUGAAUGAUCAGCCGUAGGAUUGAUGAUUGAUUGAAUGAGAAGUGAGGAGAGUGUUAGAGAACUUAAAUUAAGUGCGACCGCAAGAGGGUAUCCAGGGUAUCCACAGGGAAAGCCCCGAAUUUUGGAUAGCAACAGAGCAACUGUUUUUUCUAUACAAUUAACUUGAACGGGAAAACAAUUAAAGCUAAUGAAGGGAGAGUAAAAUUGCAGCGCGAAAGAGUUGUAGCAGGAAUCUAAUAAAACAAAUAUUAUAUAUAUAUAUAUAUACAUACAUAUAUAUAUGAUAUAUAUACAACUAUAUAUAUUUUUCAAAAGUAUGUAUAAGAGAACGUAAGACAUAUAGGCAAGAAAGAAAAAGCGCAAAAAAAAUUGAAAAUAAAUUUACAAAAAAAGGAAAAACGUAAAAAAUUGCUAACUAUACAUGAUAAAACAUUGAUCUAAUUGAAUAUAUGAUUUAGUAAUGCUAGAAAUAGCGAUUAACGAUAAACAUAAACAUAAUGAAAAGAACAGUGAACACGUGAUGUAACUUUUUAAGUAGCGCAGCAGCAGAAGCCGCCGCAGCCGAGGAUAUAGUAGGAGGAUCAUUAUGAGUGUGCAUGAUGGCGAUGACGAUGAUAAUAACGAGUUAAAGUAGCUUAAAACAAAGUCCCCCCCUCUCCCACACACAUACCCAAACCCAUACAUAACCCCCAGAAUAAAAGCAAAGUGAACUGGUGACCCCGACACCACACACAUCAAUACACCAUUACACGACAGCAAUCACCAAUGCAGCACCUGUAGCCUUCAUUUGUGCGUCUUUGAUUUGGCAUUGAGCAACGAGUGAACGUAGUAAAACAUACAUAUCCCAACACACCCAGGCAGACCAGACCCACUGCUAGCCAGACAGAUCUGAUCGGAGAGACGACACAGCUAUAUGGCGGACGGCUGACUCUAUAGAGGACAGACGCGUUUCGAUGGCGAAUUAGUGAACAACUUCAGCUGUGCUAAUGCUCCGCUUAGGCCCUAGUGAAACCAACCCCUGUUAAAACCCUUUUAAAAGGCCCUCACACACGCGUAUAUAUAUACACAUACAGAACUUAUUAUACAGUAACAUAUACAUAUAUCUAUAUACAAUAUUUAUAUAUACAUAUAAACCAGAUGCAGCAACAGCAACAACAAUGAGGAGACAUUUUUGGAAUUCAGAUAAAAUUUGAGAAAACAAAAAAUUAAGAAAACAAUUUGCUAGGAAAGCAACAGAAAGCAGCAGCAGCAGAAUUACAUAGAAUAUCUGUGAUCUUAACGAUAUUUAUAUAAAUCUAUAUACAUAAACGAACAAAUAUAUAUAUAUAUAUAUAUGUGUAUAUCUAUAUAACAUAUAUAUAUAUGUAUAUAUAUGUGUAUAUGAGUAGUAGAGGGACAAGAAACACACACUAGAAAUACCAUCUAAGGGUAGCUGUAGAGGAAGCAUGCAGAAAAUGAUUGCAACAAUAUUUAGGCUCAACGUUUGGGGUAUAGAAAGAACCUCUUGAAAAAUUUACAUACAUAUAUAUAAAAAUCACCAAAAAUACCCAAAUUCUUGACGCACACAAAACACGAACCCUCCCAGACAUCAUCCCAUACAUUUUCUGUUCCGUACCAAGUUUACUUUGCUUUGAAAAAAAAAUAUAUAUAUAACUCAACCCUUUUUUUGGCUUCAUGAUGAAAAUAUUUAAGAAAACCCCUAGAUUUUGUGUUAUUAUAAAUUAUCUAAAUGAAUUUGCCAGGAAUCGCCUUCUAUGGCUUAAUGGGAAACGAAGUUCCUUCAGUCUCCCUGCUGGAGAGCCCAUCGAUAAUGCGGACAAACCCUUUCCACCCUUUCCACUCAAGUGAUUAGCCCGGCAACAACAAGGCAAACAAAGCACCAACAACAAAAUGCAAAUCGAUCUCAAAAUUAUAAAAAACAAACGAAAACAAAAAUAUUAUCUAUAAAAAAAAACAUUACAAAGAAAGUUUGUAAAAACUUUUGUGGUUUGGGCUAAACAGAGACAGAGAAAAGAAAAGAAAAGAGAAAUAAAAGCUCGUUGCAGCAGCGGUUUGUGCGGGGAUUUUUACAUUCGAUUUUUGGCAACGGAUUGGGAACAGCAAAAUACAAAAUACAAAAAACAAAAAACAAAUAAAUGGUAAUAAAUAUUAAGAAAAAUAAGCAACAAGAAAACAAAGAGAAAACACGCUAGACAAAAUUCAAAAUUCUAAAUUUUAAACCAAAAAAGGAAAAAGAAAAACAAAAACAAAACAAAACAAAAAAAGGAAGAAGCAACAAACUUUUUGGCUGACAAAGAAAAAAAGAGGAGAAACAAACACAAACACUUUUGGAUUAAACAAUUUGGCUGUGAUAGCAUUACAAGAAUAGUGAAUAAUUAAAGGAUAAAAAAAAUAUUUAACCGCAAAAAAAAACCAAAUAUAUUUGCUUUGCAUUUUGGAAAAGCGAGGAGGCGUGAAGAAGAAAAAAAAAAAAUAAUGAUGGAAAUUAGCGCGUUGCCAUUUUUCACUUUUGUUGUUGGCUUACUUUUCUCAUGCAGUAUUAGACGAGACAGGGAGACGGGGAGACAGGGGACUGGGGACGGGGAACUUUGGAGCAGUAGAGGAGUAGAAGCAACAGGCAUCAAUUCAAUAAUUGUGAUGUAAAACAAAAAACCAACACAGAAUAUCUGCAUUAACAAUUACUAUACUAUAAACAUAAUCGAACCAUAAUCAUAAACGAGAGUAAAGAAAACAAAAUUUAACAUUUAGGAACAAAUUAAAAAAAAAAAAAAA